AUGACCAGAAACAAUUUCCGGAAGAAGUUGGACAUCGGCAGAAAGGGCGUAGUCAUCACAGGUUGUGAUACAGGAUUUGGUCACAUUCUUGCCAAGCGACUAUACGACUUGGGGUAUACAGUAUAUGCCGGGGUCCUCAGCAAGGAAAGUCCGGGGGCCAAAGUUUUACAGGCACGUCAGUCGGACCGGCUUCAUGUGAUCAAGCUGGAUGUUACUAAAGAUGACGACGUCCAAAAGGCUCUGGAGUAUGUUAAUGCGACUGGACAAGGAUUGUGGGCUAUUGUCAACAACGCAGGAAUGUAUUUUCCCGGCGACGUCGAGUUAGCGACUGUGGAUCAAUACAAGAAAUGUGCUGAGGUUAAUCUAUACGGCAUGAUCCGAGUCACCAAGGCAUUCCUCCCUCUUAUCAGGAAGUCCAGAGGCCGGAUUGUUAACAUGUCUAGCGUGAGGGGUCGGUUUUCCUGGCCCAGUGGAUCCGUGUACAGUGUUACCAAAUAUGGUAUGGAGACCCUGAGUGACUCCCUCAGACUUGAAAUGAAGAAGUUUGGUGUCAACGUCUCAAUCAUUGAACCUGGACAAUUUAGUGCAGCCACAUCUGUAUGUGGCCCAGAACAGCUGAAACGAUUAAAGAAGGAGAUAGACUACAUGUGGGAACAAGCAUCUGAUGACGUCAGACAGACCUACGGUCGUCCAUACUUUGAUGAUAUCUACCAAAUGACGAAGAAGAAAGAGCCAAGUAUGAUCCAGACCAUGUCAGCAGAUCCGGUUAUUAACGCUAUAGAGGAUUCCCUUAUUAACGUAACACCAAAGGCCCGCUAUAUGAUCGGGGGAUCCUUCUCUGUCGUGGACAAGCUAGCGGUUCUUGCUAAAGUCUAUUACUUUCUUCCUGAAUUUAUUUCGGACUGGAUCGUUGAGAAAAUGACCGGAUGUAGAUCGUUGAGAAGAUGACCGGAUGUGGAGCAUUUAGAAGAUGACCGGAUGUUAAUGGUUGAGAAGAUGACCAUGGACUGUAAUGUAACGAUACAACACUCGGCGGAAACAUGGACUGGAAUGUAAUAAUUGAAGUAUUCUCUCUAAUUU